UUUGCACUUUUCAAGGCCGUGAUGGUCGACAUCGCCAACAGCACGGAUGGGCAAUGCUCUCCACGGAAGAAGCUCAUGCAAGCCCAGCUGAGGGAUCGGGAGCUGCGGGAAGAAGACAAGGAGUCGACGAGUGACCUACCUGGCGCCAAAGGAUCAAAGGAUAACGACGACAUGGACAAAGAUGAAGUCGUCCCAGUUUUGAACCAGAAGCCUUCGUUUGGCACGACCGUGUUAAGCACCCACGAGCAGAUACAGCUACACAUAUCCCUUCCAAAUCACGCGGGCGCCACGCCAAGGUUGGCACGCAAAGUGUCCGAGAACUACAUUCGCGGGGUUCUGGGAGAAGCCCAAGCCAAAGCGACUGUGCGAGAGUCGCAGGAAGCGUGUAAAUAGCCUUAAACGACACAAUUUGCCACAUAAAAUAUCAUUACUGCGCCUUCUUGGCGGCGUCUAGAUCGGUCUCGAGGGGCUUCAUGGUCACUUUGCCAAAGUUCCAGCAUAGAAGCAUCGACACGGCACCGAUGCCGCCCCAUUUCAGGAUGUUCGAGAUCGAUCCUACGUGCGCAGCCAAGAUCCACGUCUCUUUCUGCAUCGACUUGUUCGGUUCGAACGUUUGCGCCGUGUAGAUAUGCGCGGCAUUUUCGAACGUGUCGAAGAUCGCGGCUAGGAAGGGCAGGUAGAUGAUCAACGGCUCGUGGGGCCCGAGGCGGCGGUGGACGAGUAGGAGGAGCAGCGUCAAGAAGUGAACGUCUGUGACAUUGAGCAGAUGAGUGAGGUCAUGGCGAUAAGAGAUGGCAAGUAUACAUGUUGGAAUGAACACAAACAAGUCCACGAGUUCAAAGUACACGUAUUGCUGGCGCACGGCAGGACCCAUCCAUGCAUACAGCUCAAAUAGGUCUUGCGCGUCGUAGCCAUACCUAAGACAACAGUUAGCAUGGGCCUCUGAAGAUGGCAUCCUGGUCACCGAGCAUCGGGUAUCGGCAAGAUGGCGGUUGUUGCGAGGUUAUGGUCGAGUGCUGGGCCAUACACGUUGGUAGCAAGGAGCACCUGCAGGAACACAAACACUGCGACUUGGGCUGUGGCGAGGACUCUGAUGCGGAACGUUGACUUGCUCACAUACUCGACAAAGUUGGCCGCCGACUCCAUGAUGCUCCCCAUGGUUCGUGGAGAAAUCCGAACAAUUCUGAGGCGUCAACCUACUAACUUACAUUUUAG